UCUUUCAAAUGUUUUCGCUUCCCGCCGGAAUAAUGCAGUCACCCGCUCGUAACAGCGACCGUUCUGGACAGGAUCCGUCAACUGCGUCGGACUGAAAUCAACACCGGGACAAAAAAAAUCAUAAUGUCAGGAAUAUAUUUAGAGGGUUAGUAGUCAGUGUCUCGGGUCCACCGGGCCGGUCCGCUGCGCAGGUUUGGAUCGCGCGCCAUUUUGUGAAAACUGACAGAAAAUAUCAACGGAUAAGAGAUGCCUUUUAACGAAGAUGUUUUUAUAAUAACUACACGGCUUUCGUUUUCCACCCAUAUUUGUGGUCCUGCAGAUCAUUAAUUUCCGUCUCCAGCUGUGCAGAAAGCGAUCGAUCCGUGAACGCGCGUUGCCGUGCGAGCGCGAGCUGGUUAAAGUCACACAGACAGAGUGCUAACUAGCCGCUAGCCUUCACUUCACCACUAAUAAACCAUGGUGAAAGCGCAUAAUACGUCUGACACGGGUAAAACUGGACUGGAAAGCCGCUGGUUUACCUGUCAAUGAAAAUAGGACGGCGUUUGGCACUGUCUGGCUCGGUACAUUAGGGGUGUUGGAAGCAGAGUAGAGAAACUGGAUAAGUCGCUUCUCUUUACUGGAUCUGGGACUCUAAAUGAAGAUCACACCAUCAAAGGGGGAGAGACCUCAGCAUGCAAACCCUUGUCUGUCCGGCUUGCACCCUCUCUUUCUUUCCAUGCUGCUGGUCUUCAGAUGGCUGCUCCCAUGCCUCAUUCGCACCAGCAGUACAGUGACUGUUACCAGCAGAGUACAGACCAGUCUGUCACUGUACUGCCAUACAGUGAUCAGACACAAGCACUCACUGCCAGCCAGAGGCACAUGCCCCAGUGCUUUCGUGACCCCACUUUAGCUCCUCUUAGGAAGCUCUCCAUAGACCUGAUCAAAACCUACAAACACAUAAAUGAGGUGUAUUAUGCAAAAAAGAAACGACGGCAUCAACAGGGUCAAGGUGAGGACUCCAGCCACAAGAAGGAAAGGAAAGUCUUCAACGAUGGCUAUGAUGAUGAGAAUUUUGACUACAUUGUCAAGAAUGGGGAAAAGUGGAUGGACCGAUAUGAAAUUGACUCCUUAAUUGGAAAAGGGUCAUUUGGACAGGUUGUAAAAGCUUAUGACCGAGCUGAGCAAGAGUGGGUAGCAAUUAAGAUCAUCAAGAACAAGAAGGCCUUUCUCAAUCAAGCUCAGAUUGAAGUACGGCUUCUCGAGCUCAUGAACAAGCAUGACACAGAGAUGAAAUACUAUAUAGUACACUUGAAACGGCACUUCAUGUUCCGGAAUCAUCUUUGCUUAGUAUUUGAAAUGUUGUCAUACAACCUGUAUGACUUGUUGCGAAAUACGAACUUCAGAGGUGUCUCUUUGAAUCUGACGCGGAAGUUUGCCCAGCAGUUGUGUACAGCACUACUGUUUCUUGCUACUCCUGAGCUCAGCAUCAUCCACUGUGACCUAAAACCAGAGAACAUCCUGCUGUGUAACCCGAAGAGAAGUGCCAUCAAAAUAGUGGACUUUGGGAGCUCCUGCCAGCUUGGACAAAGGAUAUAUCAGUACAUCCAGAGUCGAUUCUACCGCUCCCCUGAAGUUUUAUUGGGAAUGCCAUACGAUCUGGCCAUAGAUAUGUGGUCGCUGGGAUGUAUUCUGGUGGAAAUGCAUACUGGAGAGCCUCUGUUUAGUGGAGCCAAUGAGGUGGACCAAAUGAACAAAAUAGUUGAAGUACUUGGGAUCCCGCCCAGUCACAUCAUGGACCUAGCACCAAAAGCCAGGAAGUUUUUUGAGAAGUUGUCAGAUGGGACAUGGAGUAUGAAGAAGACCAAAGAUGGAAAAAGGUACAAACCUCCGGCGUCUCGAAAAAUCCAUGCCAUCUUGGGAGUGGAGUGUGGUGGACCAGGUGGUCGUCGUUCGGGAGAAUCUGGCCAUGCAGUAGCUGACUACUUGAAGUUCAAGGACCUCAUCCUCAGAAUGCUGGACUAUGACCCGAAGACACGAAUUCAGCCCUACUAUGCUCUCCAGCACAGUUUCUUUAAGAAAACAGCAGAUGAAGGAACCAAUACAAGCAGUAGUGUGUCAACAAGUCCUGCACUUGAGGCGUCACAGUCAUCAGGGACCACUUCUAGUACAUCCUCAAGCUCAGGAGGAUCAUCUGGAACAAGCACCAGUGGCAGAGCAAGAUCUGAUCCAACUCACCACCAUCGGCACAGUGGCGGGCAUUUCGGCACAGUCAUGCCAGCCAUAGACUGUGAGAACCUUUGCCCUCAGCAGACAAGACCGCCUUACCAUCCACCAGUAGUAUGGCCUGGAAUUGUAGGACCAGAACCUGUCACUGUAGAGACUCAUCCAGUCCAGGAAACCACUUUUCAUGUGCCUCCCCAGCAUCCCAAAGCAUUGCACCCCCAUCAUCAUCAUCACCACCGCGGACAGGUCAUAGCAACGCGGCCACGACCGCGACUCUACAACUCGCCCACCAACAGCGCCUCCACACAAGAUUCCAUGGAGGUGGUACAUGGUCAUCUGUCCAUGACAUCGCUGUCUUCCUCUGCAUCCUCUUCCUCCACAUCUUCCUCUUCCACAGGAAACCAAGGCAACCAGGCUUACCAGCUUCGCCAGCUUCCUGCCAACACCCUGGACUUUAGCCAAAAUGGAAGUUUGAAUAUGGGUUUGGGUGCCUUCUCAAAUCCUCGCCAAGAGACUGGUAUGGCUGGACACUCUUCAUACCCUGUUGCCACAAACACAGGAACUGGUCACUUUAUAUCAGAGGGGCACCUGGGCAUGAGACAAGGCAUUGAUGGGGAAGAUUCUCCGAUGACUGGAGUCUGUGUUCAGCAGAGCUCAAUGGCCAGCUUAUGACUUUAGCUGAAAUGGGUUUGUUUGUUUUGUUUUUUUCCCUUUUUUAUGGUGUUAUUUUUCUCCUGUUUUUCAAAAGGUGCAUAGAGAAUAAAAGCUGCUCACUUCAGAGGGGAGAUAUCACUGAACCGCUACAAAUUGAAGAGUAUUUAAAAAGUAUAUAUGUAUUUUCCAUUUUAAUGUUUUUUUCAAUUUCUAGAUAAGUUAGUAAAACUGCAAAUAACCAUAGUGAAAUUGAGAUAUCCAUCUGCUGAUUCACUCAUCUGCAUAUAGUACUUAUUUACCAUCUGUUACAUUGGAAACUAGGAGAUUUUAUUAUUUUUUUAUUUGUUGGUUAUUCCCUUUUUUCAUUACAGUGAGCAUUUCAGAGCUGUGAGCUGUCAUACAGCUUUUUAUAUGUAAAGCAAUUGAAAAAGUUUUGUUUCAAACAAGUGAAACAUUGGACAAUUAUAAUUUUGCUGGUUGUUCUUUCAUUUACCCUUUAAGUGAAACUUCUCUAAAGAGCUGUGUGUUUAAACCUGUAGCGUAUCAAGGAAGCAGUACUUGCAGUGAUAUUUUGUGUUGUCGGUAUUGUGUAACUCUUCAAGAAGGGGUACAUGGCUGUGGAGCUCCAGUUAGGGCUUAGACAGGCAGGUGCAGUACUCUUCAGGCCUGAAGUCCUCCAGACCAGGCGGCUUUGACUACAUGCAGCAACUGAGGAGAAGAUGCGCUGAAGAGCAUCAAGGGGGACAGAUCCAGAUCGACCCUUUGGCCUUAUGACUUUUGGACCUUGACUGAAAAGGAGCUGGACUUUAUUAUUAAAUAGAGAUGGCUGUCCUCUAUUUUUAAGAUUUAUAGUCAUUAAUUGGUUAGGGAACGUUAAAUAAGAAUGGUUAUUCAGAGGCCUUUAUUUAGCAAAGAUUUCUAAUUGCAGGGUCUUGUUCAGAUGUCCCUAACUUCCUAAACUUUGUGGAAUUUCACAUAGAAGGUAAACAUUCCCAUUUAAGACACUUCAUUAAUUGGCAUAAUUAUUUUUCUGUAAAGCAUGUGGUUGCCAUUCUGCACAAAUUUGCCUCUUUGUGUUGAACACAGAAGAUAUGUACUGAAAUUUGUGACUGCCUUUUUUCUCCUCUUGAAUUAUGCUGUGAAUUUUACACAAAUUAGUUUUUCUUCUUUAUUAUUGUCUUUUCUUUUGAUAUACCAAAGCAGUUGUUUUUAUAGCACUAGGUGUCUGUAAGAAAUAAUGUAGCAGUUCACCACUUCAGCCCAAGGUUCAUCAAAGUCCAUUUUAGUCUGUAUACACUCAAACUGGAACUUUUGCUGAACGUCAUGUUUUAAUGUUAACUAAAUACUGAAAUUGGUUAAUAUAUGGAUACGCCUCCCUUAUUAGUGACUUUUUCCAGUCAAGGAAUAUGUCUGGGGAGGAAAGGGACAAUAACGGUUACUCUGCAGGCUACAGAGUAGCUGAGAGAUCACAAAUUAUUCUGAGGAGAGAAAAGCGUUUUGUUUUGUAUUUACCUGGUCUGUCAGUGAUGCUGCCUUUUAUACCUAAUUUGAUGAACAUGCUAAUUUCUACCUUUUUAAAUCUAAGUGGCUACUUCAAUUUAUUUAUUCAGGCAGUCUACUGUAGCUACUGUGACCUCCUGAGUCUGAGUUGAAUUUGUUAUCAAGUGAUUGGCUCAAUGCUUGCCUCAAAUAUACUAUUCAAAGGGAAACUGGAGGUGAAGUGCUGCCACACAGACACUGGGCACAUGCAUGUUGUUUUGAGAGGAUAAGUGUUUAUAGUCACUAUUCAGUCAUGUUAAGGACAACUAAGCAUACUCUUGAUUUUUCUAAAGUUUUGUGAACUCCCCCACCGAGCUUCUCACUUGCACCAGUUCUCAAGUUUUGAAAUCAAUGUAAAUCUAGCAGUUCUUCAUAGACAAUUGGGACACUAUCCUGCCAGAACAUGUGUGAUGUUCACUUCUGCAGUUAUUUUUUGUUUUGUUUUUAUGUGCAAAGACAUCACGUAUAACCAGAAUUAUGUUUGAUAUAUUAACAAAUCUCACAGUAGCUAGAGGUAAUCGGAAAGAGGUUUAGCUGAAUGUUAGCUCGAUUUUAAAAUGUUUUUAUACAUAAAAACAUUUUGAGUGCAAGUUUCUGAAGAUGACGACAAACAUUCCAAAAAUCUAAAUUAGAAAAAUUACAGAAACUUUUAAAGAGUGUACCUGUUUCAGCUGUUACUAAAUGAGAUCUGAUUUAGUGCAGUUUUCAUGAAAUGCAGCCCCUUUUUAAUAGUUGAAAUAGAAUUUAUGUAUAUAUUUAUAUUUUUUUAAAUAAAGGAAGUAUAGAACUCACUACAUUGCUCCUGCUGGUAUGUCAAUUGCAUUGCCAUGUGUUCAGUUACCUAUUUUUAAUUUGUUCUUAUUUUUUAACUCUCCUUGUCUUGGUCAUUAGACCAAAAUUGCUUUUUGGUCCAGAACAACACUAAAGGUAGGGCUUAUACUUGGGAGAAAAGGCUAGAACUUGUACCUAAAGAAUUACUUCACAGGGUAUGAUGCAUGUAUGUCCACGCUCUUAAAAUGCUCAUGGUUUGCCAGGUCUGUUGCUCCCUCUUUUUUUCUUAAAUGCAUUAAAGGGAAAUGUCACUGAUACACAAGAUCAUGGAUUUUAAUUAAACAUUCUUCUGCCUUUUUUUUUCUCAGACUUUCUUGACCCUUUUCAUGCAACAUGCACUAUAUAAUUGGACAGCAUGGGGGAAGGGAUAAGUGUCCACAGAUUGUAAGAUCAAGUCAAGAAUUUGCUGUGUAUAUGAAAAUGCCCUUUGUAUUAUAUUCAAACAGUCUUAUGUAUGAUAUAUAAAAAAUAACGUAAUUGAUGCGCUCUUGGCUUUUUUCUUCAUUUAUUCCCUGGCUUGUUGCUUCCACCCUACAUAGUUUUAAGUCUAAAG